AAUGAAGAUAUCGACAAUGAAGAGAAGUUGCUUUUUGGCAAGGAUACUCUCGGUGGUUUGCCAUUGCCUUCCGAGAGGAGCUACGAGAGCAAUGAAAAAAAACAUUUUUCGGUCUGGGACCGAACCCGGGAUCUCUGGCAUAGCAGUCUCGCGCGCUGCUUGUUACGCCACGCUCGUAGUUUACGACUGCGCGACCACCGUGCAAUCACAGCCAUAUAAGUCACCACGCUUGGCCACGAGCGAUUGAGGACGAAUAAGACAUAUUCAGUAAAAAUUAGUGAACAUGGCUAAUCCUAAUCUUACGGAUAUGACAGAGGAGGAUGCGGCGGAUCUGCAAUUCCCGAAAGAAUUUGAAAAUGCCGAGACAUUGUUGAUAUCGGAAGUUUAUAUGCUUCUUGAACACAGAAAAGCUCAAAAUGAAUCUGCGGAAGAAGAACAAGAAUUUUCCGAAGUUUUCAUGAAGAGCUUAACUUACACCAACCGAUUCGGAAAGUUAAAAAAUAAAGAGACAAUCGCAGCUGUUAGAAGUUUGUUGAUGCAAAAGAAGCUACACAAAUUCGAAAUUGCUUCGUUAGCCAACUUGUGUCCUGAAACUCCAGAGGAGGCGAAAGCUCUCAUUCCGAGUCUCGAAGGACGCCUAGAAGACGAAGAACUUAGAACGAUAUUGGAUGAUAUACAAACAAAAAGAUCAUUACAAUAUUAAAAUAAACUUUAUAUAUCCGA